AUGCGUCUUGAUGAGAGGUACGUUCCGUACCUGCAGAUGGCCGGAUUGUACCAUCUUGCGAGACUGAAUGACAGAUGGUUCCGACUAGACGAGCCCCUAGUCAGCGCAUUCGUCGAGAGGUGGCGGCCUGAGACGCACACCUUCCACAUGCCGUUCGGAGAGUGUACCAUCACGCUUCAGGACGUCGCAUACCAGCUGGGGUUGCCAGUGGACGGAGAUUACGUUAGUGGUUGCCUGACAGACUUCCACCUUUACAUUGAGGGUGGGAGACCUGCUUGGCAGUGGUUCCAUGAGUUGCUCGGUGUUUUACCUCCCGAGAACCAGGUGCAGAAAUUCGCAGUCAACUGCACCUGGUUUCAGGAGACAUUUGCAGAGUGUCCAGACGGGGCUGAUGAGGAGACAGUUAGGCGCUUUGUCCGGGCCUAUAUCACGAUGUUAUUGGGCACGCAGCUCUUUGCCGACAAGUCCGGCAAUCGUAUACACAUCAGAUGGCUACCUUAUGUUGCUCGGCUUGAGGAGAUGGGUCGCUAA